GUGACAUGUUCUCCUUUGUAUCAUUCUCAACCGUCGAUAUAAGUUCAAAGUGGUUGGUACAUCUGCACUAACAUGUGUAGCGCGGAUUUCAGGCGAAUAUUGUUAGCACGUGAGUACAUGGGCGCAGACAUCCACCCAUUCCAGCCCUAUAACCCCAGUCCGAUCCCGAUCCCGAUUCGCCAUGCUCGAUCAGCCUCGUACCGACAUUGCAGUGCUCAUCCCGAUAGAGCUCCGUUUCAGUAGUCCCCAUCCAGCCCGCGUCCUGCGGGACUGCCCAGGGGUAAAGUUCUCAAAUGAGGUCAAGGGUGCGGUAUGUAACUGGGGGCCUGCUGGGCUAGGGAAGGGAAGAACGAAGGAAGGCACAUGGAAAGGGAAAUCAAGCGAGCGGACCGCUAGGAUGAUAUAUGUAUGGUUGGCACUUCUCUAGAGUUUAGGAUCCGUCCAGGGUAAGGUAAGGGUUAUGUAGUACGUUAGAAGCCCGGACUGAAAACUUUGGGAUGUCAGGGGUCAGAUACUAAAUCCACGGAUUCAGUUCGUCGAUGGAACUCCAACUUUAGAGAAUGGAGACUUCAAGGGUAGUUGAUAGACAACCUAUGAUUUCAAUGCUUGAGCAGAAAUUGAGGAAUGAAAAGAAGGAUAAGUAAUGGAGUUCACAAACCUGAAGAGCAGCGUAUCUCGUGCCAUCGUGGGAGCCGCCAAUCUCCGGUUUACUCUAGGACCCAGUGAGUGAUUGACAUAUCAUCAUCGACG